UUCAGCCCUGGCAGAUGCGCAUUUGCAGAACGAUUUCCGAUUUGGAAUUCGAUCGGUUGCUGUGUAAAGUGGUGGACGAAAGUUGAAAAUUCGUUGUACUUUUCUAGAAAUUGUGGCGCUAGGACGACCUCUUCUACUAUAUCCUGACCCAAUAAGCGUACACUCACCCAAACUACAGGUUCUAUCCAAAGAAAAUUGACAAGGGAUUAAAUGGUAAAAAACAGCAGUGAGUGACUUAUUGAAAUUUAUUUGAAAAUCUCUGUGAAAAGUGAGAGAGAAUAGUGAAAAGUGUGAGAAGAAAAAAUUGCCAUAGAAGAAAACUGCGUUUGUUCUCAUGUUACGAGAUAAAGUUUUUCUUAAACAAAGAGAUUAGAAGAAAAUCCACUGGGAUUAUUACUGCAGUGUGUUAAAGAAUUAAACCUUCACAGCUUCAAACGAAGAAAACGCAAUCGUUGCAGUGAAUAAUGUUUUCCGGAUUAACGAAUCAAGUUAGCUCGUGGAUUGGAGCAGCAAAAGGCGAGCCACAGGAUGAGGAGGUGCCAACUCCCCCAAAUUCUGCAGCAACAGCGAUGACUACAGCUCCAGCCACAGUCGGUACCACAGAAGCCCCAGCGGCAUCCGCGGCGGCAGAUGAAGGUGAUAAAAGCCCAACAAAAACUGGCGUUUUCUCAGGCGUUUCUUCUAAGGUGACAGGUUGGCUCGGGAAUGCAUCCAUCCCCUCAAUGCCAGCGAUGCCAUCCAUGCCAACGGUUUCAAUGCCAGCGAUGCCCGCAAUGCCUUCCAUGCCCUCGAUACCCGGUCUGCGAAAGGCCAACACAACGGACGAGAAUGGAGGCAUUGCAAACGAGGGCCUAGUCACAUCGCCAGAAAACACGAAUCAAGCCGUUGCCGGAUCGACGGACGUAGCCGACGAGGAAGACCGGUCCAGGUAUAUUAGUGCUACCGGAGGGGCAGAUUCACGUCCUGCAACAGGGCCAGGAACACCAACGGAGGAAAACGCCGGGCAAAUUGGACAAGGUAAAGUACAGUCAUGUUUCACUACCAUGCUUCUCCAUUUAUGUAUUGUAAAUUUUGCAGUUACUCACAAAGUCACAGCUGGAGCAAAAUCGAUCGGAUCGUUCCUGUAUUCUUCGUUCAAUAAGGCUGGCGAUAAGAUUAAACACUUGAAGGAUAACACAAUUCUCGGUGAAUUCAACAAAGAGCAAGAAGCAUUUAUCAAGAAUCAGCAGGGAGCUGGCGGCCCCAGCGUUUGUCCCUGGGUAGGCCAUUCAAAUGAAGCUAAAAUCAAAGAGGAAAUCCUCAGUCUAUCGGCGGAUCGCCGAAACUUUGUUCGAGCACCACCAGCCGGGGUUGAGUUUGAGUUCGAUUACGACCAAUCAUAUCCAGUUGCGUUAGCCAUCAUGAAUGAAGACAAAGAAUUAGAAAAAAUGCGAUUUGAAUUGGUACCUAAAAUUAUUACGGAGGAGAACUUCUGGCGCAAUUACUUCUACCGCGUCUCUCUGAUAUGCCAAGCUGGAGAUCUAGGCACUCUAGGUGAUAACAACGAGUUCGUCAAACGAGGUACCAGUGAAGAUCCAGAGGAUAGCCGCCUAAUGAAUGGACCGGUAUUAAGAAAUUGCUGUAAUAUUCGAUUUCCAUAAUCUUAAUAAAAGAACAAAGAAACAAAAACGCCUAAAGACGUAAUUACAACAUUACCAGAAAAAAAAACAUUAUAUCCGUAUCGAGAGGGGUGACUUAAAUACCGAAAACACACUUGCAACUAUGAUGAACAGAUGUAGCAAACACAAAAAAAAAGAUUAAAUAGGGAUAAUUCCGCAACACUGAUUCGUCAAAGCAUCAUUGAUAAAAAAGAAACAGAACAAGAAGUUUUGUUCCUCAAUCCAGCAUCCAAGAAAAAAUAAGAAUCAGUUAUCGCGUAAAUGUGUUGUAUUUAGUGAACUGCCUCAGAGAUUAACUUUUAUUUUAGUAUAAGUAUUGACUUUCAUAUCUGAUUCUCCAAGUAAUGCCUCCAAAGCCUUUCAGUUUAACGAAUGAUGAAAAAGACUUGCACUGUUAUUUUCCCAGUUGUUGAGUGGGCAGCUUUCUAUCGAUGAUAUUACUGCCUAUUAAAUAUUUUACAAACCCAACUACAGAACGGAAAUAAACUAUUCAACUCAAUAAGUGUACUUUUCUGUCUCGAUGUGAUUUUUCUCGUAACCUUGGAAUAAUGUUUAAUCCCAAAAUACAAAAAAAAGUUGAGAGUUGUCUAUUUUAAUAGCAUCCAUGACAAAAUACUAUCUUACUCCUUGACGACGUGUAAACAAUAAACCUAAACGGCAGUAGCUUUGAAACCUGAGAUGCAAAAAAUUCUUCCUAGAGAGCGAACACAAAGAUUUGAACCGUUUUAGUUCGGAACCUACAACCCACCGAGGCCAAACAUCGUUCGUCGCAAACAUUUGCUGGCUUUCUUCUCGUACGAUGUGUUCUUGACAUCGGUCCCUCCAAAUUAAUUACCCUUCCAAAUCGUCCGGUUACACUCGUGCACGUACCACACCUUUGUUGUCUAAUUUUUGCAAUAUGACCCUCUGCAAUAUCUCGAGAAUAGACCACCUGGGAGACGCUACUUAAUUAACAAGGAUAAAAAAACUGUAUAAACGAAACAUUUCGCGUUAAAAUUUACGAAAGAUUAUCAGAAAUAGCAGUAUUCAUAUAUAUUAUAGACAUGGAAAAGACAAGCAUUUCGUUAAAUCUAUACAUCUUUAACGACAAAAUAGUAUAUACAAAAAAAAUCACUGAACAGGAAAAUAAUUAAUUAUUGAGGAAAGUGACAAAAAAUGUUAAAAGUAAGAGGAAAUAUUAGAAAAUAUAACUAUCAUAAAUGUACUUAUUUAAAGAAACUAUUUAAUUCGUUGCAACUCAAUUACAAAACAAACCGUAAUUUAAGAGAAUUGACAAUACAAAAUAACAUCGUUGAAUAUGAAGAGAAAUCAAAGUAAUAUGAAGUAUCAGAGUGCGAUACAAAACAGAAAAUAAUAAUUGGGACAAUGAUGGCGAAAACGACCCAACAAAUGAAAAAUUUCCGCAGUGGUGAGCACCAGUCAUGGUGAUGGAGUGAUGAUAACAGAAAACAAAAAACAUUGUGAGUUGAAAGUGUAGCGUUGAUUUGUGUAUUUCAUUCUGCAAAUUUAAUCCAAAUUCUAAUGACUUAGUUUAAAAGAGUUGUACGUUUUUUGGGGUGGGAAUGGUUGAAGCUAAUUUGACAUAGAAUCGGCACUUCAUUCCGUUCAUCAGAACUCCACUCGAUCACAAUCGCGCUGAAUGUUAUCCACUUUGUUCGAUCUCACAUCUCAGUGAAACAGUUUCAGCAGAAUUAUGUAUUGUGCAAUAAUUUGUAUAGUGAAAUGAGCGUUAAGGCAAUUAAAAAUAAGCUGUGAUUAAUUGAAAUUUGAAACCACAAUGAACAAAACAAAAACUUUAUGGCUUCGAGUUGAAAGAGGCUGUAAGUAAAAAAAAUAAUUAUUUCCACCAAACAAAGAUAUCCAUGAAAAUGAUAUUCAAGCAACUGCACACACACAAGAAUGUAAAUAUUUGUCUUUGAUUUCUUGAAUGACACAGUAAAAAGGAAAAUUAUUUCAUUCGUGUUGCAAUCAUUAGUGAGUUUUUUGAGGCGUUUUCUAUAAGUGUCUAGUUUGAAGCCUUUGAAAAUCACAGAAAAAAAACCACGAAUGUAAUUUACUUGGAUAUAAUUUUGUGCUUGUUAUAGUUGACACGACCGUUUGAAGUGGUUAUUAUACAUUUAUUGUAUAACAUGUUGACGUUUGAUUCAGUUGCUAACAUUUUACAAUUAGAUAUGAAAAAUGGUAAAGAGUACAAUAAUAGGUGACAAAAUAACGGAUGCUUUAUCGCAGACAGUGCUUUAUAGCCACAGUAAGAAAACAAAAAUCGAAAUGAUGAUCUCGAAACUCUCGUUUACGAUUUUUAUUGGCCUACGAUUUUCGUUGUUUUUGAUGUCUCCCCCCAUUUUUUUCGACACUUCUAAAUUUUUCUCCAUUUUAUUUUCACCCGUACAACUACGAAAAAAUGCAAUCAACAUUGAACGCCAAAUUCUUCGGAAUGCAAAUUUCACAGAAGAACAGUGGGAAAAGGAUCUGGAAGCGGAACUGCAGGAUUAUGAAGUGGUUAAUGAUGGAAAUGAUCGCAAUAACUGGGAAAAGGAUGUGGAUGAACUGUUAGAUGACGAAACGGAUUUAAAAUAAAACGAAUGUUUCAAUCAGUUUCUUUGUAAUGUGAUGAACUGUAAUGUAAAUAAGUGAAUGAAAAGCAUAUGUAUGGCAAACGAAAUAGUCAAUCGACGUUUAUCUUCGAGAAAGAUUUUCAUGUCACAGUGUCAUUCCAAUGAAAUUAUGGUGACACCGAGAAAAAAAAGAACAUGAUGGUUAUCUAAAUCACAAACACCAGUCUUCGAACGUUUACUAGAUAAUAAUGAUUGUUGGAAAAAUACAUCGUCUUACAAAGUAAUUGAUGCAGAUAUUGUUAAAAUGCGCAAAUAGGUUCAAACAAAAAUGUAAAUGACGGUUGUUUUUGUGUGGAAAGCCGUUCCCCUAGAAGUACCCAUUACUAUUUUGUUAGUAUUUUACAAUUAUACGAAUAUUCGUUUCUGCAGACAAUAUUUCUUUAUUGUGCACUUGAACACUUAUUCACUUCAUUCCCAACGACUCAAAUAUGUUCAUGCGACAUUCAAUGUCUACAAAUUCUAGAAAAAAAUUAUACCAAUUCGGAAUUAGCGUUCGACUAGACAUAUUAUACAACAGAACUCAAUUCAAAUGAGAUAACACUCCAAUAGUAACUUAGCAAACAGAUUAGUUGAUAAUGAGUCUGUCGAAAAUCCUGAUAUUGAACAAACGCACUGAGAAUUCAAAUAAGCGGUAAAAUUUUCUCUGCGUGCAAUGUUUCGGCACUUAUUUGCAAUAUCAGAAAUUCUACUUUUUCGACGAAACAGAAAAAACGGAUGCACAAUGAAGUCUCGAACAACAUCAGACUAUUUUCCAUUUCUUGUUUGCAACUCGACAUGCAGAAGUUGAAAAAUGUUGACACUGCUUAAUCGAACAUUCAAAUCAGAUCUUGUUAUCUCUUGCAGUGCUUUUUGGACUAUACAGAAACAAAAAAGGCAUGUUUCAAUAUCCCAUUAUUACCACCAGCCACAAAUAAAACGAGCAAAUGAAACACACUUAUAUCAAAUUAGGAUAAAUGCACAGAUUUAGAGCCAAAAUAUGACAUACAGACAGUUAGACGAACCGUUUUUAAUAUUUCCCGUUUACACCAACAACAAAAGAAAAGCCGUUUUAUAGUAUCACACAAGUAGGAAUCUGUUCUAUUGCGUUUAGUUGUGCGAAGACACGAUCGGCAUGUGUGAUAAGAGAUCAACGCACUCAAACAUCAAAAUAUGUUGUGAAAGAUCUUUUAAGAGCAUGCUUCCAACUUCCAAUUAUAGAUGAAGAAAACAAAAGCGAUAGUCGUACCUAAUAUUGCAAACAACAACAACAACAACAACAACAAAAAACACGUGUUAUAGAUAAUCGCUUUUUGGUUUUCCUAGUAAUUUUCAAACACUAGUGAAAGAAAUACCGAGUAUAAUUCUGCAUUCUAUUCUGUAUUUAACUACAUACUGAUGAUAAUAUUGUUUGAUAUAUUAAAUAAAAUAUAUACAUAAUCCGAUAUACUACCGAAUAUUAAGCAUUAAUAUGUGUAAGGAAAUCAGUAAAAACAGUAAAUAAACAAAACAAAGGAACAUUGUGAACAUCUAA